AUGAAGUACUUAGUGAUCCUCGCUUGCAUCGCCUUGGCAUCCGCCAGCUCCGUCAAAACCAAGGACGAGAAAAAAUCCGAAAGUUCCGAAGUGACCACCCAAGCACCUCCACAAGGAUGGCUGAACCCAUGGUUCUACUCCGGCCCUGAAGGCAGAUACAUCCAAAAACCAUUCUUCCAAUCCUGGGUACCACCUUACCCAUUCUGGGCUGCCUACCCACAAGCUCAACCCGUCUACCCACAAGCUCAAGCCGCCUACUACCAACAACAGCCCCAAUUCAACCCAUACGUGCAGUACCAAGGAUACCCAGUUUUCGCUCAACAAGGUUUGGAAGGUCAACAGCCCGCACAAAACCCUUGGCUCAUCAAGAACUUCUGGGCUAACCAACCAUGGGCCCAACAGCAAGAGAAUGUCCAGGAACCAGCUGCCCAACAAAAUGUUCCUUUCUGGUACAAACCAUGGGGAUGGAACCCAAACCCUAACAUUGCCUAA